AUGUCUGCCAUCAAAGAAUACACCGCCGACGAGGUCGCCGAACACAACUCCGUCGACGACUUGUGGGUCAUCUACAACGGCGAGGUCUACGACGUCACCAAGUACGUCGACGAACACCCCGGUGGGGAAGAAGUGAUCGUCGACGUGGCUGGGGGCGAUGCUACUGAGGCUUUCGAUGAUAUUGGCCACUCUGACGAGGCCCGGGAAGUGUUGGCGCUGCUUAAGAUCGGUAAGCUCCAAGGCGGCAGCAUUAGAACUGUCGAGACGAAGGUGAAGGGCCAGCUGACGCUGCUGGGGGUGCCGGUGCCGCUUGUGGUGGCGGCGUUGGUGGCGUUGGGCGCCGCCUACUACUUUUUGGUUUAG